UAGGGAAGGAGGGAGAGUCCAGGUUCCCGGACUAAUCCGCUGUGCCACGGAAUGCAAAUUUGCAAGGAAUAAGCUUCGCGAAUCCUCCUGGCACCUUUUGGCUUGGGAAGCCGUUUUCCAAAGACCUCUGUGGACGAGGCAUCAUCGCUCUGCCUCUGUCUAAACUGGAUUUGAGGCUUGCCUUUCUGCAAUCUGACGGGUCCGUUCUCUUUUUCCCACCCAUCCGCCGCUCUCCAAUUGGAAUCGAGUUGGUGGGGGGGGGGAGGAGAAGAGAUGCCCAGGCUUGAUUGAUAUUAAUAUUGAAGCCACGGCUGGGACCACGAGCUACUCCCUUGCCUGGCCACCUGGGUGCAAACUGUCACCGGAGGAACAAGUGUUGCUGGCUGGAGCCUUUAAGGGGAAGGAGAUCUGCAAAGGGGAGAGAGACCGGUCCUGCAUUUUGGCUCUUCAGCAUCUCCCUUUAAAGUUGCAGCCUAGAAAGCCCACCGGCAGCGAUGUCCAGGAACGGCUACUUCUUCGAAGAAACAGGCUACCUUAAGUGCGAUACGGACGAUGGCUGUGAGAACAAAGAAGAAGUCGGGGGUGAAGAACUUUUUGACACCGUCAAUUCCUCGAUUGUCUCCGGGGACAGCAUCAGGUUCUUUGUGAAUGUCAACUUGGAUGUACAACAGAACGUUACAGCAGAAAGCGAAGGCGCUGGGUGCGUUUUAUUACACACAUCAAGAAAAUACCUAAAGUUAAAGAAUUUCGAGGAAGAAGUCCGAGCUCACCGCGACCUCGACGGGUUCCUCGCCAGAGCCAGCAUCAUCCUGGACGAGACGGCAACCUCCCUGGACGACGUCCUGCGGGAGAUGCUGAAACACUUUGCGGAGGACUCUGACAACGCGGAGCCCAGCUGCAACUUUGACAAAAUCAUGAGCACUUUAUUCACCGAUUCGGGGGCCCCCAGAGAAGGGAAUGUUCACCUCUUGUCAGAUACAAUUCAGGGCGUCACAGCGACAGUCACUGGGGUACAGUAUCAACAGUCCUGGCUUUGUAUCAUUUGCACUAUAAAAUCCCUUCAGCGUCGCCAUGUUUGCAUCAGCCGCCUCGAAAGGCCUCAGAACUGGGGGGAGAACUCCUGCGAAGUGCGAUUCGUCAUUCUGGUCCUUGCUCCUCCGAAAAUGAAAAGUACCAAAACUGCAACCGAAGUGGGCCGGACAUUUGCCACAAUGUUCUCAGAUAUAACCUUCCGGCAGAAGCUUCUAGAAACGAAAACGGAGGAAGAGUUCAAGGAGGCUUUGGUUCACCAACGUCAUCUGCUGACCGUCGUGAACCAGAGGCCAUCGGCAAUGGCCGACGGGCACAUAGUACACAACCACAAGCCCCUCAAGCUCCACGAGUUCUUCAAUGUUGGCAAGGGAAUUUUUGAUGACAUCGCACGAAGGUUUCCAGUGUACGCGCUGGACUUUACUGAUGGCAUCAUCGGCAACAACAAAGCCAUAGGCAAAUACAUCACCACCAUGAUCUUUCUGUACUUCGCCUGCCUCCUGCCUUCCAUCGCUUUUGGCUCCCUCAACGACGAAAACACGGACGGAGUCAUUGAUGUGCAGAAAACCAUCGUUGGCCAGUGCAUUGGUGGUCUGCUCUAUGCGCUGUUCUCAGGCCAGCCGCUUGUGGUGCUGUUGACGACGGCUCCUUUAGCGCUCUACAUCAAUGUGAUCAAAGGGAUCUGCACUGACUACAACUUGGAAUUUCGCGCUUUCUACGCCUGGGUGGGACUCUGGAACAGUUUCUUCCUGAUGCUCUACUCCCUUUUCAAUUUCAGUCUUGUAAUGAAGCUCUUCAAAAGGUCGACGGAAGAAAUCAUUGCACUUUUUAUCUCCAUCACAUUUGUCCUUGAUGCUCUCAAGGGCAUAACGAAAGUUUUUACAAAGUACUACCAUUUCCCGAGAGUGCACAGCACACCAAUUGAUAACACCACCUUCUUCUUGAACAUGUCAGCUGAGCGCUCGGCGCUGGGGAACCAGACGGACGCCCCCCCUGCCGCUACGCAGUAUGGGCGAGAGACAGCCGUUCUUAGUCUCAUGCUGAUGCUGGGAACCCUUUGGCUCGGUCACACGCUGUAUCAGUUUAAGAAAAGCCCUUAUUUGCACGCCAGAGUCCGCGAAAUCCUGUCCGACUGUGCCUUGCCCAUUUCUGUCCUAACCUUUUCCGCUGUGGGGUCUUAUUUCUUCAAGGAAAUAACAAUGUCUAAGUUUAAUUACAACCCAUCGGAGAGCUUGUUCGUGUUGGCCCCCCUCCUAGAGCUCUCCAUUGGCUCCGUUAUGAGUGCGAUGGGCCUGGGGUUCCUACUCUCCAUGCUUUUCUUCAUCGAGCAAAAUAUAGUGGCAUCACUCACAAACGCUCCAGAAAACAGGUUAGUGAAGGGAACAGCUUAUCACUGGGACCUCCUCCUUGUGGCUCUGAUCAACAUAGGGCUCUCCAUCUUUGGGCUGCCAUGGAUCCACGCUGCAUUCCCCCACUCGCCGAUGCACGUCCGAGCCCUGGCCUACGUGGAGGAGAGGGUGGAGAACGGGCACAUCUACGAGACGAUCGUGAGCGUGAAGGAGACCCGACUGACCACCCUGGUAGCCAACUUCCUGGUGGGCCUCUCCCUGCUGCUCCUGCCUUUCCCGCUGCAACUGAUCCCAAAGCCCGUCCUCUACGGCCUGUUCCUCUACAUCGCCCUGACCUCCAUCGACGGGAACCAGCUCUUUGAGAGGGUCGCCCUCCUGCUGAAAGAGCAGACAGCCUACCCUCCGACGCAUUACAUCCGCCGGGUGCCCCAGAGGAAGAUCCACUACUUCACAGGUCUUCAGGUCCUCCAGCUCCUCAUCCUUUGUGGAUUUGGGAUGUCUCCCCUGCCCUACAUGAAGAUGAUCUUCCCCCUCAUCAUGAUUGGAAUGGUCCCUAUCAGGUAUAACUUGCUCCCAAGGAUCAUUGAAGCGAAAUACUUGGACGCAAUGGAUGCUGAGCACUAGGGGAAGACGCAGCCUUGUUUCCCUUGCACCAGCCAGCGGGCUUCUAUCUUUUUCAAACGGAAAGGAAGCUGGCGUCUGGCUGGGCGACUCGCCGGACCUUUGGUUUGGUCCCCGAACCUCUCGUGACUUGAUUUUUGUACUCCUGCACAACUGACUACCCAAAGGCAUGUUGCUAGAGACCAACCAAGUGCCCAGAUUUCAGGGGUGGGGGGGUUGGGGUGGGGUGGGGUGGGGGAACCAGCGCUCUUUGAAGCUGGAGUGGCAAGUGUGCUUUACGGAAACCCCAAAGACAAAAGUUUGGCAUUGCGUCUCCCCGCGUCUUUGUUUAAGGGAAGGACAGCGUCGUUUUUAUAGACAUUUUUGACACACACACACACAAACACACACACCCUGUACUGUGCUGCUCUGUGAGAGGAACAGGAGGGCGCCCCUUUUUAACCUGACAGAAUUACAGUGUCCUCUGGGCAGUUUCCUCUGCUUCUGAAUACAACCUCUCAUGCCAGGAGCCCCGGAGAUCAGUGGGUGGCUGAUUCGGUCAAAAGCCACCAGAAGACCAAUGUGGAGCAGACCUGGGACAGAUUUUUGCUCCAGUCCUGUAUCAUUUUCUGUCUUGGGGUAUCUGCAUUGACGCAGAGGCAGCUCCCUGCUUUCGAGCGGAAACCCAGAGGCGGAUGCGAAUUAGCCAAACCCUCUUGCAGACGGUCCCGACUUGGAACAGCAGAUUUGCACGAUGGCGACUGAACCAGGCACUGAAACAUUUGGCAGAAUCCCUCUUCCCUUCCCCUGUGUGUACAGUACUACUUAUGUGUACAUAUAUACAUAGCUAAUCUAGAUUUGUGUAUAUAUUUUGCAUAUAAAUGUCCUGGGUAAUUGAUGCCUGUCGUUCCACCCCCCACCCCCUCUUUCCCACCAGAGAGUGAAAGGGUUCUUGUGCAAUCAGUGUUAACAUGUACUGUAUCUUGCCAUCAACUUAAAUUCUCUCCUCCUCCCUCUUCUUUUCUCCUUCGCACUCUUCUCUUUCCCACCUCUCCUCCGUUUAAAUCCUAGCCCUUUGGCUCCCAUCGGUUUUGAUUUGCUCUUGGCGUUUAAUUUUAACGUACAGUACAUAGUGAACAUUGGGGUCCUGGGCAGGGUCUCGUUCCAGGUUAGGGUUUGUCUCGUUCCACCCCCCCCCCCAAAGGCUGUGUUUCUGCUGCUUGUCUCUGCCCUGUUCCAAUUUUGUAGCUAACCUCCUCCUCCCCCCCCCCCCGCAAAACAUGACAUUAUAUUUCUGGAAAAUCCGAAUGCUCCCGAUGUCUGCUUUAUACACUGCGGGUCCUAAUUAUAAUUUGUGUGUGCGUGUUCUGUGUUCCAGCCUGUUGGUCCCGCCUCCUUUUUAUUUUAAGUACUGCAAAAAAAGAAAGAAUCAAAAAUCCAUAUUGUAUUAGGCAUAUGUGUCAAACUCCCCUGUGAUCUACAUUUCUCAAUAUUCCUCUUCCGUGCAAGGUAAGAUUUUUUAAAAAAUUCUUUUUGCCAGAAAGAGAGCUAAAGACUUUGCAGAAGGCUAGAUGUGGCGUACAGUGGCAGGGUUGUUCCUGAACCCAAGCCGCUGGUUGGAGAGGCUUGGUGUCUGUAGAUAGUUUGAUAGUUCAGAGUCAAGGAUGUUCCCAGCUUGGUCUGCAUAAACAGCAGGUGAGGUAUAGAUACUGUUUUAUGUUUCAGUGGUUUAUCAUCUCUCUCUCUCUCCUUACAUGUAGAAAACCAGAUGUCAGGGAGACGGAUUCUCCCCUCCUUUUCUACCUAACAUGGAAAUCCUCUGUGUAAUAUAGCAUUUCCCCCCUUCUUGACCCAGGAACAUUGUUCAGAUCCCAAUGGACAAGCACACAUGUGUGUAAUUCACACUUGUUGCAGCCCAGUGCAGUAGACCAGUUCUAAGUUAGCUAGACGUGGGGAGCUGUUGUUGUUGUUUUAACAAGUCCUGAGCAUCGCUUUCUGCAGUGAGAACGAUGACCAAAUAAAAGAACCGCAUCUGGAAAUUCAGAGAGGUUGUCCCUUUGGCCAACUGGGUGUUCCCCGGAUUAUUCAGACUACAACUCCCAACUGCGCUGGCUGGGGCUGAUGGGAGCUGAAGUCCAAGACGUCUUGAGGGCACCUGGUUGGCCAAGGCUGCAUACGAUGGCCACCUUUGCGGCCAAAGGACACAGUCCACCUUUGAACAAGUGCAAAGGGGCUUUUCGCCUUUGCCGGUGACAUAUUCUCAUGCUGAGCUUUCCAAAAGCAUAAAAAUAUAUCUCUGGAGUUGCUCGUUUGGCCUGAAUUAAUCCAGCUUAGCAUCUUGGCUCUGCAAAGUCCUACCAGGCCUGGUCUGCAAAGUCCUGUCCGAAACGUUGCAGUUUGUGAUUCUGCCCCGAGCUGCUUAAUCACAGGGAAUAAUUACGGACACACCACAUAGUCGGUCAUGGUAGGGAACCUUAAGAUAGUCCACCUAUGUAUAAUGCAAGAAACCAGAUUUAUUGUUCCAUAGGAGGUUCGCAAACAACACUCUGCUCUCUCUGGUUUUAUUUUUAACUAAGAACUCUCCUCUGCACUCAAGUUCCCACUGCCUUGAAUUCCUCUGCUAAGGCUGGUAGGACAUGUAGCCAUAUUUUGCAGGGGCUGCUCUUAGCUCAUUUCCGGGGUUGACACCGGUGUUCCUGCGCUGAGAAAAUUUGGGAGCCAUCUUUGCAGGAGAUUUGACUCCAGAAGGCCAAGGGGAGUUGUGUGUGGAGUAGCUGGAUUUUGUUUUGUUUUUUUUAGCAUGUAAACAGAUUUUAAAACUCAAGACUGCUGCCAAAAAUGGCAGCCUCUUGCCCCACCACAAGAGGUAGUAAAGUAUGUCAUAAGUUCAUUCUUGCGUGUUACAGGGCCGGGGCAAGGGAGCAUAGCUAGAUGUGAGGCUGCCAUGUUUAGCAGGGUCUGUGGUCCUGCCCAAAUGCAUCUCUCUGAUGGAGCCUGUCGCCCAACGUAAUAGAACCGCGCAUUAGUCGUGCGAUAGAUAUGAAACAUGCCUGUGAGUACAGAGAGUUCAUUUACAAAGGCCAGUUUUUCAGUUCUACAGGGAAGCAAAGCAGGGUAAAAGCUCUCCUCUUAAUUAAUAUUUUUUUUUAAAGCCAAAUCGCUAGCGCGUGGCACACGUGAUCUGUGGCUGGCUGUGGAGGUUGCUGCAGAUAAUAGAAACACUUAAAUAUAUCCGUGCACACAACCCAAGUUCCUUAUCUUGCAGCUUACGAUAAGUGGAUGUGCAGGGUUUAACGCAGACUGGGCAAAUGCAAUCAGAGAGUAACUUCAAGGAAUGCAGAUCUCAUUUGCCGACAUGAGCAUCCCUGAUGUUCUCAUGUGAACUUUAAAAAAUAAUAAUUUUGGUUUCAGCUUCUGUGCGCUUCCCACCCAUGGUCCUCAGGAAAUACUCUGUGCACUGUGUGGGGACAGAGUCCUCUGAGGUUUCUAGAUCUAUAUGCCCAGGGGUAGCAUAGGGAUAGCCUGUAUGCUGUGUGAAAUAGGCAGAGCUUGUUGAGAUUUAACAGCAAGCAGUGUGCUUAGAUACCUUUAUGAAAAUGGUCCUCUCUUGCCCAGGACUGUUCCUGCUUUUAAGAUUUAAUUGCACAGUGCCCACACACACACACACACACACAAACACACACACAGUGGCACACAUUUCAUAGUCUUUUUCCAGUUAUCACCCAGAGCUUCAGAGCUUGCAAAUCUGAGCGGCUUAGCACAUUUUAAGGCCAGUAACCUUCCACCCCCUAGUCUUGGUCUUGUACUUGAACAGGUAGCAGACCAGAAACCGAGCUGUCUCAGAACAUGUCUUACUUCAGAUGGUUUUCCCCGACUGCCCGUCCCUCAAUCUUUCCCUCCUUUCCUGCUGCAAACGGUGUUGGUUUUUGGGUUUUUUCCCGUUUUAUUGUUCUAUUUUCUGUUUCUUGUUUCUACUGACCUCCGCUUGGGUUACCAGGAAACAGACUUAGCGAAGGAAGAGUGUCUGUCGUAGACGGAACAAAUUCUGCACUUUAAUAACCACUGCGAAGGUUUUAAGACGGUUAGAAUGUACAUACCAAAUGCUUUUAUUAUAAGCUCUGUAGAGAAGAUGACUUUUUUUUUAAUUUUAACUUCAUUUUCUUUCUUUGCAUGAAUCUUGCCAAAGAAACGGGUGUGAGGAAGAUAUCUCUGUAUGUGUCCCGCUCACCGGGAGAUACUGUGAAUGCCUUUUGUGAUUAUGGGGUGCUUUCGCCUCCCUUAACGCAAGCAGAGUUUGCAAAAAAAAAGAGGAGCCUUGUUAGGCCAAAUUUGUCUUGAUGCCAUAAACUCCCCUUAAACUUUCCUCCUGAACUUGCUCCAAGCAAAAUUGAGAUACCACCCCCUGGAAAAUUAUCAAAAAAGCUAAAUCUGGAGACCCAAUAGGGGACGGUUUUGUGAAUCGUUCCUUCCUGUCUCAAGGACUGGGGAGGGAUACACAAUCUUUCCCACCCCCCAAAUUCUCUUUUCUUGUUAUCUGCUGAUCCAUACAUGCUCAUCAUGAGUACCACAAAUGGCUUAACGGUUGUGGGCUGAUCCAUUUUCAACAGUCUUUUCUGAAAAUUAAAAAUUUGAUUGCCCAGGAAGUGACUUUCAGAGGGGCAAUUAUUAGGGGACAGGGAAAUGGUCACAUCUGAUCAUGUGACUUGAGUCCCAGGAGUUAGCCAUGAUGAGACAAGACAUCUCUGGUGGAAAAUUGGUGAUGGGCCCAUCCAUUUAAACAACCCGGAGACAAUUGUCUGCAGAAAAAACGUGUUAACGCUUCCCUUUAAAGAUCCAUAAAUAGUUCACCUCGCGAGUAAGAGGGACUUUGGGCCAGCUAACCUGAGGCAAGCCGUGAGUGGUGUUUCGUAGCAGUAGACUGAUAUCGGCCCACUAAGACUCGCCACCAAAUCGGUUUCGUGUUAGCUCCUCUUUCGAAACUGACCCAACCUCUAAAUUCCUUUGUCUCCAUAUCUGCCUCGAAUUCUAUUCUCAUCCCCGCCAUUGUCUGGAAACACACCAAUUGGCAAGUCCGCCCACCUGUGUACCUUCAGCCUUCUUGUUGUCUUCUGAUGGUUCCUCCUCAUCCGUCUUGCAGCGAAAGGACCGUCACGUGUGGGGUUGCAUGUGUCUCUGCACAAGCCAUUUUGAGGGGAGUUAUCCCCCUCCCCAAAGUUUGCUAUGCAGUUGUCCUCUGCUGCAUCAUUCCUCUUCCCCACCCUGCAAGACCCUGAUUUCCUCGCAUUCCCACUUCUAGCUAUUUUUAAAGCCAAUGUUGGAGGCAGCAGCCCCUGUUCUGGUGCAGACAUGCUUGUGCUCUCAAGAGUUCAGUGCUGCUGAUUUUCAUUCAUUUGAUGGUGCAUCGGCCCAAAGAUUUCCAUGGGGACCAGGUACACAUACCUGAUCCCCAGAGGAUGUGGCUACCUGGCCCUGAGCUGGCAUUGGCCACCAGCCCUCCCAGGUGAAACCACAGCAAAAGAUCAUUGGGUGCUGUGCAGAAACUGGUCUUGGCAUCUCUGGGGUGCUAGCAAGAGAGCCUCAGGUGGGCAUCUUGAGAUAAAAGCAUGACUGCCACGAAAAUAGAUCUAUAAAGCGUUUGAGGAAUCACCUUGGCCAGCAAUUGAGUCCUGCACGUGUUGCUGGACUACAAUUACCAUCAUCCACCCUGACUGCUGGCAGGGGCUGAUGGGAACUGGAGUCCACCAUUCUCUAGAGGGCCACAGGCUCCCCAACCUUCACCUUGGUGCUCAGCCUACUGUGAAUCAGGUGUUCAAUUCUUCAGCUCCAUCUUCUAGUCAUGGUAUAUUUUGGCAGGAAUCUAGUUAACUUCCUCAGUCAGUCACUGUUUUAUUAUGGCCUGGUAGGCUCUGCUGUAUAGCUGACCAGGGUUUUAAGCCAGUAUUUGAAUGUAUGCAGUUUUUAGGCAGUUCCUUCAUUGCUCCUUUUUUAAAUUUUUGAGCAGCUCUGUAAGCCCCUAUCCCGGGCUUGCAUCCGAUUUGUUCCCUGCACCCGUAGCUGCUCUGUUUAGAGGAAAUGUGUGCUUUCAGAAGCAGUGGCAUAUGUGCAUUUGAAUUAUUGAUUUCUACCAGCUCUCACCCCUGCCGCCUUGCCGCUUUCCCAUCGCGGAACGGUUUUUGAAUUCGUGAGCUUUUGUUCAUCAAAGGGAGAUUUGGCAAAAACAGCCACGGCACACACUUCACUGAUCUGCUCCCAGAUUUAAAGUGCUAAGAUCCCACGCCAGUGCUUGAUAUUUUCCCCUGCAAACCAACAUGGUUUUGAACCUUCUCGCCAAAAAAGUUUGCUUCCACUGACUUAUCUGUGUGUCCGCUUUUAAAUUGAUAACGGUGAUUCACGUGUGUGCAAAAUAUUAUAGAGCUGGAACGUGGCACUGCGAUCCAUAUCCCUGCUGGGCGGAUCCAGCAGAGAUUAACUGUUUCGCAGCCUUUGUCACUCGCUUCCUUCCUGUACCCUUUUCUCUAGCAACCGCUAAACACCUGCAAUUCAUUUGGCCGCCAUUUUCUGAAUGUACCCAUUGCGAUCCGAUUGCAUGCGCACAGCAACCGUUACUGACCAAUGCUCAGGUUCCUGACGACGCUACUUCUCUUGGCCACAUGACAGCACCCAACAUUCUGGAUAUUCGCCAGGGUUGGGGUGUCAGGGUGCAACAUAACUGAGGACAUCAUAUCCGCUUGUAGUUGCUCCAUUGCACAGGAAACAGUUGCAUGAAACAUCUCAGAGCAUAUCCUUUGUGCAUGUCUGGACUCAAAUGAAAUGGGGAUGGGCGACGUUCAUUUUCCACAGCCCCCCUACCUUUGUUAGACACAUGGGUUAAUGUACAGAACCCAAGACAGGAUUGGGGGUAUUUCGAUAUUCCUUACUUCACAUUUUUCUUGAGCCAGGAGUCCUGCAAACCUUGCGCCCUGCUGAUGGGCCAUCUAAGUGGAGAUAUUGUGCAUAGACAAUCUGAAACACAACUGGGAGAUUUGGUUUGCCUUGCCCUUAUUUUGUCCCCCUGCCCCCCAUUCUCUGACUUGGAAUGUAGCCGGUUCAUGUUAACUGCUGUACUUUGUAGCAAAAAGGGGAGGGGGGUUCUUACCAAGUGGCCUGGAGGUUGGUUCUAAAUGCUUAUUUUUUUAAAGUGACCAAAUGCAAGGGUUUUGAAUAUAGAAUGCGAGAGAGAAGAGCCUAUGUUUUAUUUUGCACUCGCGCUGUUGGGAUUGCAAUGCAUGCCUCUUAGCUAGUGUUGAUGACUUCUUUUCUUUUCUGUGAAUGGUUUUCUUUUGAUAAAAGAAUUGCUUCUUGGAAACAACAGAAAUUCCUUUAUUUGUAUAAGGAACUUGGUUGUAUUUUAAUAAAAUAAUAAUAAAGAAAUCUCUAUUUCUA